AGGGCUGAGGACUUCAUUCAUUCAGGACAGGAGAAGGGGCUGAGCGCUUACUGAAGGGAAGGAGGUGGAGACCAGUCCAGAGAGUAUUCAUAAACCGGAGUUCAUCUCCUAGUUUUAAAACUCCGCUCCCAGUUCAACCUUCAAGUAGCCUAGAACUAGAUCAAAACUAACCGAGCCAACGCGACUCGUCAUUCAGAAAGACUGCUCCGGAACACUGCGGCUUCACUGGGCAAAGUUGAAUGAACUUGAUUGCGAGGACAACUCAUUGUUUUCAUUAACUUUUCAGGACGUGUUCCCACUUUAAAGCCUGGACUUUAACUCCCUCAAACUCUAUACGACACGUUCGUGCUGACAAGACCACUGAAACGAACCGCUGUAGUCAGUCUCUGGGAUUUUAGGAGAAAGACUUCAGGAGGAACUCUCAAAUGCAAAACUAUAUGUAUGAGAAGGCGAUGGCAUCCGAAGCAAGAAACGGAGGAACAUCCACGUUAAAUAACAACGGCGUAGACAACAGCAAGAGGAAACUCUUAAUAGCAUUAGACAUCUUCUGCCUUCUUCUGGUUAUGCUGCCCUCGAUGGUGUUGCAUAAAUCGACAGUGCAGCCGUACCAGCGUGGGUUCUACUGUGCAGACGACAGUAUCCGCUACGCCUAUAAAAACAGCACUGUGCCUUCUUCUGUGCUCACAGCCGUGGGCCUCCUCCUGCCCAUUGCCAGCAUUGUGAUUGGUGAAUGCUACAGGAUCCAUUACCUGAACCAGGGCUCCAAGUCAUUUGUGGGAAAUCCAUACGUCUCCGCCCUUUACAGACAAGUGGGCAUGUUUAUCUUCGGCUGUGCUGUCAGCCAAUCAUUCACAGACAUUGCCAAGGUCUCAGUUGGGCGGAUGAGGCCGCACUUCCUACAUGUUUGUGAUCCUGACUACUCUACUAUCAACUGUUCACUGGGAUAUAUUACGCAAUACACAUGUCGUGGAGAUCCCAGCAAAGUACAAGAAGCCAGGAAAUCCUUCUUUUCUGGACAUGCUUCAUUUUCGAUGUACACCAUGCUGUAUCUGGCUUUCUACCUGCAGUCUCGGUUCACGUGGCGAGGAGCCCGUCUGCUGAGGCCACUCCUACAGUUCACCUUGCUAAUGAUGGCCUUCUACACCGGGUUAUCACGCGUUUCUGAUCACAAGCACCACCCGACUGAUGUUUUAGCUGGCUUUGUCCAAGGAGCCCUGGUGGCCUACUGCAUAGCCUUUUAUGUAUCGGAUCUCUUCAAACCUAAAGCCAAGACUGCCACUCCACCUCCCUCGCCAAUCAAGAAAGAGCUUCUCCCCUCUUCUGACAUCAUAGAGAGGAACAACCAUCACAACAUGGUGUAGGAGGGGGGAACGGUAGGAUCCGUUUGCAAUCUCCCCAUCCUUCACAAUCCCCUGAAGAAACCAGAACAGCCACCUGUGACAGAGGAGCUACGGCCUAGCUGACGUCUCCUCUCUCUCAUCUGACAGUAGAAUGUAGGGACAGGACAGAGACAAUCCUAUUGACUCUCAUUAUAAUGACCUCACUAUCCUAGAGCCUGAUUCGAAAGGCCAAUCAGACAAACAGCUAACAAAAAAGCUAUUUCUCCCUUAGAAUUUUGUUGAGAAUGAAUUCCGCUCCAUUGACGAAAGUAAUGAACACCAACGAAAGGAAGAAGAAAGUGAAUGUGAGGCUGGUCACGUGACCAGCGCUUUUCUCCUUCCGGCCAUCUCUUUCUCUUGUCUCUAUGGCCUUUUAUAGAACAACAAAUUCCUUAUUAAUAGGAAUGAUUAGUUUUACCUGCGAUGUAAUCAGCACAGAUAUAUAAACGUUAUACAGAAGAAUAACUUAUAGCACUAUAUCAAAGUUCAUUAAACGUCACCACUCGCUAUCUGAAAAGAGUAGCUUUGAGAAGCUUGAAGAAGGUCUGUGGACAAGAUUAUAUUUACCCAGAAGAGCCAUCAAAGCUGAUCUUAGCUACCUGAACAGUAGCCUAACUUUUGGAGAACGCAUUUUAAAGGGUUUUAAAUAGCGGGUGGGUGGGUUUACACAACUUUUUUUCUUUGAUAAAUAGAUUUUUAUUUUAGAUAAUGAUUUCACGAUGGCCAACGCCCAUCCCUGCCUGAAUUAUGGGGGCGUGGCUGAGCCGUGCCACCUGGCUAUCUUCUGAUUGGUCAGAGCGAAUGCAGGGGCGUGGUUAGACGUCGAGGAGUGUUUGUGUGUCUCGUCACCAUGGUUACCGGGAUUGACUCCCACUGACCGCACUGGCCUAUCUUUUAUUUUUUUUGGGAACCGGGAACGAGCUUCUUCCGCUGGCUGGUUUGACCUCUUUCCCGUCCAACUGCAUAAUCACUCAACUCUAGUUGUGUGUUUUUACCCAGAAUGCCACCUGUGCCCAAUGUCUGUCCUGGCACCAGUCAAACUGCCCCGAAAAGGGAUGUGGGGUCCCUCGGCAGGAAGCUGUGUCCCAUUUGUGUGUGUUUGUAAGUGUCGCGUGUGUUUCCGCACUCGGUCCUGAUGCAGUGGACCGAUAACAUGUGAAGAAAUUUAAGAAAACUGUGGACUUUUUUUUGUUUUUUAUUUUUUCCAAUUGCCUUUUCCUACCGUGAUGAUGUCUACUGUCCCCACUAAUAACUGUACAGUAUGCCUGACCUUUACAGAAAACACAUCCAUACAACACAACUCAAGCUCCAAAUGUGUUGCACAUCCCUCCCAUUGUAUAGUCCGUCCUAUCAUUUCAACAAACCGUUUUAUUUCUCUCUCAGAAGUAUAUAAAUAAUGUAUAGAUCACUAAAAUUAACUAUGUAAGAUAUUAUUUCUAAACAUGUUUAGAUAUAUCCACUAUGAAUCUAAAAAGCAAUGUGUCAUGACCUGUGUCAUUUACAAAGUGCUGCUUUUAUGAGCAUUGAUUGACAGAUUUUUGUAUUUAGGUAACUAAAGUAUUUUAGAUUUGUGUUUUUAAUAAGCGUUGAAUAAAACACGUACAAUUGUAUCAAAUUCACUAUUAGUAUUUUUGUAUGGUCUCGUUUUGUACAAAAGAAAUAAUAGCAAAAUGUUUUUGUUUUGUCUUUUUUCUGCUAAAUGUACUUUGAUCUAAUACAUGUGCUUUUAAAUAAAAGCUCAUUAUAAACAACAAAAAAA